UAUGUUUGAAAAAUAUUGCUUCGUCAAAGUUUUUGUAAAACCUCUAAAUGUAUUGUUUUUGUCAUGUUCAUGGUACUCUCCCUCCGUGAUCUUCGUACACAACUCAUAGGUCGUAAGAGACCGGAAAUGUCAUAACAGUCGACCGGGAUAACAUUACACCUCAGGAUCCUCUCUCAGCCUAGACCUUUAAGCUAACUGGCAGAGAGCUGUGUUAUGCUAACGUUAACGUUGGAUGAAAACUACCCAGACACAAUGGCCAGCCCAGGGAAGGACACCGACAGAAUGAAGAGCUAUAAGAACAAAGCACUGAAUCCUCAGGAGAUGCGUCGCAGAAGGGAGGAGGAAGGAAUCCAGCUGCGUAAACAGAAGAGGGAGGAACAGUUGUUCAAGAGGAGAAAUGUAUGCGUUCCUUCCGGUGAUGAAUCCAUGCUUGAAUGCCCAAUCCAGGAUCCAGAUGUCAGCUCCACUGUACCUGUUUCAGGAGAAGGGGUCAUAACUCCAGAUAUGAUCCAGAUGAUCUUCUCAGACGACCCAGACCAGCAACUUAUUGCCACACAGAAAUUCAGGAAAUUACUCUCUAAAGAACCCAACCCGCCAAUAGAUGAGGUCAUAUCAACUCCUGGGGUUGUGAACUGCUUUGUAGAGUUCCUUAAAAGGAACGAAAAUUGCACGCUUCAGUUUGAGGCAGCAUGGGCACUGACCAACAUCGCCUCCGGUACCUUCCUGCACACCAAGGUGGUCAUUGAGACGGGCGCCGUGCCCAUCUUUAUAGAACUGCUCAACUCCGACUACGAGGACGUUCAGGAGCAGGCUGUGUGGGCGCUGGGCAACAUUGCUGGAGACAAUGCGGAGUGUAGAGACUAUGUGCUCAACUGUGGUAUCCUACCCUCCCUUAAACAGCUACUUGCUAAAUCCAAUCGUCUCACCACCACCCGGAACGCAGUGUGGGCCCUUUCUAACCUCUGCCGCGGAAAAAACCCACCACCAGAAUUUGCAAAGGUGUCCCCCUGCCUCAGCGUGUUGUCCAGACUGCUGUUCAGCAGCGACCCGGACGUGUUGGCGGACGCCUGCUGGGCACUGUCCUACCUGUCGGACGGACCCAACGAUAAGAUCCAGACGGUCAUCGACUCGGGGGUGUGUCGCCGGCUGGUUGAGCUGCUCAUGCACAGCGACUACAAGGUGGUCUCGCCUGCCCUGCGCGCAGUCGGCAACAUCGUGACAGGAGACGACAUUCAGACCCAGGUGAUUCUGAACUGCUCGGCACUGCCCUGCUUGCUGCACCUCCUGAGCAGCCCCAAAGAGUCCAUAAAGAAGGAAGCAUGCUGGACAGUGUCCAACAUCACAGCAGGAAACCGAGCACAGAUCCAGACUGUGAUCGAUGCCAACAUCUUUCCGGUGCUCAUAGAGAUCCUUCAGAAGGCUGAGUUCCGCACCAGGAAGGAGGCCGCUUGGGCCAUCACCAAUGCCACUUCGGGUGGCACUCCUGUCCAAAUGAGGUACCUGGUGUCCCUCAACACCAUCAAGCCCAUGUGCGACCUGUUGACCGUCAUGGACUCAAAGAUCGUGCAGGUGGCGCUGAACGGCCUGGAGAACAUCCUCCGUCUGGGGGAGCAGGAGGCCAAGCAAGGCGGGUCUGGCAUCAACCCCUACUGUGCUCUCAUCGAGGAGGCCUACGGCCUGGACAAGAUUGAGUUCUUGCAGAGUCAUGAGAACCAGGAGAUCUACCAGAAGGCCUUCGACUUGAUCGAGCACUACUUUGGCGUGGAGGAGGAGGACGCGAGCCUCGCACCACAGGUGGAUCAGAGCCAGGGCCAGUUCAUCUUCCAACAGCAGGAGGGACCCAUGGAAGGCUUCCAGCUCUAACCCGGCCCACCAGUGUGCCACCUUUUUAUUUCCCUUCAACUCCCACAACCUUUCCUCCCGGACUUGGAGUCGAAAAUGCCUGAGUGCGAGAGAGAGAGGGAGUCAGUGCCCCCUACAAGGGGCCGACCGGAACUGCUGUUCGAUACUCUGUCCUCAUAUCUCCUCGGCACACAUUUUUCUGCAGCUAACACUCGCCACAAAAGAGGCAGGAAAGACAGAGGUAUACUUUUUCUGUUUUAGUUUUUUUUUUUGUGAGGAGAAAAUUGCGUCGUCUUUUGCGUAGAGUCGAAGACGCUAUACAGAGUACUAAAGGUUACUAGUUUACCUCCAUUAGAGUUUAGCGGCUCUGCUGAGGCCAAAUUUACUCCAGGACGGAAGAGUUAAACAAAAAUAUCCAACUAAAUUCAAUGUUUAUUGUAAGUGUGGUUAUAUUUACACAAUGAUAAUACUAUUCUUUGUUUGAUAAAAUAUGAAUUGGUACAUCCAAAUUACCUUCCUUAUCCCUUUUUAAAUGUGAAACUACCUCUUCAGUCUACAAAACAAAAACAAAAAUGAGGCGCGUCAAACAGGCAUUUCUACCUUUUCUGGAGCCUAAGCUGGAGAGCUGUUCAUGACAUUAUACGUUCUACUUUGUCCGUUAAAGCUUCUCUGAGGAUGCUGUACUUCCUCAACGGCUUAAAGUGUAUUUUGUUUUUAUUCGCAAUUUUCCCGUCAAUGAACUGAGUCGCUAACCACCCAGACAGAUACUCCCCUUAAUUUAUUAUGGUUUGUUCUCCCAAGCGAGGCAGAGAGCUGUCGACACCCGGGCUCACUCUGAGCGCUCUAACCCAGACCAUAGGCGAGAGGUGAUAACGUGUGUGUAACGAUCUCGUAGUGUUAUUUUGAAGUUGAGUAGUGUUGAGCUGCUUCCGUUUGAAUGCAUUUUGUUGAACACAGGACAGGAGCCGGCCAAGUGAGGUGCUGUCCAUAUCAAACAACGGGAUUGUUCAUUCAACUUAACAAACAAAAAAACAAAUUUACAUAAACUUCUAUUUUGAAAAAAACAAAAAAAUGGUAUGCUCAUCUCAUGGUGAAACUAGUGACAUGUAUGAUACGAACCCUCUUUUUCUGCUUGUGAUGGGACGCUAUCCUUCGGGAUACCUUACAAUAGACUUGAUGGAAUUGGACAUGGCUAGUUAGACCGAAAUUGCAGGUUUUGUAUAUUAUAUAUACAUUUAAGAAACUGUCUGAAAUUAUUUAAAUAUAAGGUUGAGUGUGGAAAGGUGUUUUAUGCAGUUCAUUUCUGACUGAUAUGCAGUUGUUGUACUUACUGUCUCCCAUAGGUUUCUUUUCUACAGCUGGUCGAUUAUUAUUAUUUUUGUUAUCAUUUAGGACGUUUUGCCUAAUUUCUUUUUUAGGAGGACUCUGACAUUUAGUUUUAAGUCUAAAUGGGAGAUACUGAUUGGUCCUCAUGUGUCUCACUGGUUUUGUGUUGCUAUACCUGAACCAAUGUAGAGCUUCUUAAAUUGGGCAUGACAUAUUCUUUAAAAAUGUCCAUGCAUUGUAUCAGAGUACACUCAACUUAAACCAGCCCCUGGAUAAAAAAUUGAUAUAUUUAUCGGAAAUUGAAAAUAUCUUCCUAAUGCAAAAAUAACAAGCACAUUCAAUCGUGUAUAGUUUUCUAAUUAUCUCUUGUGUGAUUGUAUUUUUGCUUUGUUUUUGGGUGCAAUUUGGUAGAAUAUUGUAUUUGUUUUGGGAAUUAAAUUUGCUGUGCUCAAGCAGAUUGUAAUACACAGAACCCUGAAAACCGUAAUAGAAUUGAACCAUUCUGCAGGACGAUAUUACAGUUUGCUGCAGUUGUUCGGCCUAUAUCUUUAAUAGGCUGGACUGUGGGCCCUUUCUCCCUGGAACUAUGGCAGUUGCCGUCCUAUGAAAUAUUGACAUGAUGGAGUGCAAAAAAGGUAAAUAAAUGGACCCGUAAUAGCAAACCACUAGGCGCUGUUCAAUCGUUGACACAGCUGUUUGGAAAUGGUUCACAUUGAUUGGCUAGCUGGUUUGACAUAAGGGAGUGCAAAUGUGCUUCACUAUUGCUGAGCAAUAUGACACAUUGUUGUUGUGUCGCUGUAUUUUUCUUCUUCCAGCUGAAUAAAAAUAUUCCCAUUGUUUCAA